AUGGUCUCCAAGUUCAACGCGAGGGGGGGGGGGGGGGGGGGGGGGGGGGGGGGGGGGGGGGGGGGGGGGGGGGGGGGGGGGGGGGGUGGGGGGGGGGGGGGGGGGGGGGGGGGGGGGGGGGGGGGGGGGGGGGGGGGGGGGGGGGGGGGGGGUGGGGGGGGGGGGGGGUGGGGGGGGGGGGGGGUGGGGGGGGGGGGGGGGGGGGGGGGGGUGGGGGGGGGGGGGGGGGGGGGGGGGUGGGGGGGGGGGGGGGGGGGGGGGGGGGGGGGGGGGGGGGGGGGGGGGGGGGGGGGGGGGGGGGGGGGGGGGGGGGGGGGGGGGGGGGGGGGGGGGGGGGGGGGGGGGGGGGGGGUGGGGGGGGGGGGGGGGGGGGGGGGGGGGGGGGGGGGGGGGGGGGGGUGGGGGGGGGGGGGGGGGGGGGGGGGGGGGGGGGGGGGGGGGGGGGGGGGGGGGGGUGGGGGGGGGGGGGGGGGGGGGGGGGGGGUGGGGAUGUUGGUGUGGGGGUGGCCGGGGGGGGAGAAAACAACGUGGGGGGGGGAAGGCGGGGGAGGGGGGGGGGGGAAUGGGGAGGCGGAGGGAGGGGAGGGGGGCGGAAGGAAGGAAGAACGGGGAACGGAAAAAGGGGAGCGGAUGUGGGGAAUUAAACGGGGGCGGGGGAACACGGGGGCAGGCACGGGUAAGGGGGGGGGGGGGUGGGGACCGGGCAGGAAGGGGGGGGGAAGGGUGGAGCGGGAAGGGGAGGCAGGGAAUCCUUAUGAUUUGGGCGAAUGCCUCAAUGAGGCCGCUUGCCUUGGACUUCUGGAUGAGGUCAUGAGACUUUUGAACAUGGGAGCGGAUGUGAAUCAUGCAAACAAAGUCAAUGGUAUGACUCCACUGCAUUGGUCUAUGCUUCGUCAGCAUGAGGCGGUGAUCAACUACUUGCUUUCCGUUGGUGCUGAUCCCAACCAGCCGAGACUAGACGGUAAAACACCGAAAGAUAUGAGUGAACUCCCAACUAUUGCCGACUUUAUUCCGAAUUAUUUGAAGCACCCGAUCCGUACGUGUGCUCCAGUCGAGGCAGACAAUUCCGUAAAUCCGAAGUCCUGUUCUUCUGAAAUGACUUUAUUGAGGGCCAGACUUGCCGAUCAGGAUGAUAAAGACUUUUUUGAAUUCGAACUGCCCCUAGAAACAUGUGACUUCUCCGAGUUCCGUACUCUACUUGCGAAGGAGUUUUCUAUAGAUCCAGCCCAAAUCAAGAAGGUCCGGAAACUGCCAAACACUGUGAUACGAAACGAAUCUGAUCUCAAACGACUGGUCAAUGGCGCGGAGCUGGAGGUCGUUCUGUGAUUUGUACCAAACAGAGUUGCACUGAUGUACAUGUGUUUAGUUGUAAAUAUGUCACCAUCGUGUUAUGCAUACAUACGUUUUAUACCCAUGUUCUUUCA